CACUUUCCUACAUAAAUUGCAAAAGCAACGCAGCGUCUUGUUAAAAUCUAUCGUCUUUGACCGGACCUGGUCAGUGGAGAACACUAUGAUCACACGGACAUAAAUCUAUUAAAAAGAGUUCACAUUUUCGCAGUGAAAUAAUGAUACGAACCUUCGGUACCGGUUCCGUGUGCGCGCGUUUGAUCUCGCAGGGAUCGAAGUCUGCAGCAUGCAGAGCUGGACAUCACAGUGGUUCAUUCGAUGUGGCCAUUAUUGGCGGGGGAAUUGUUGGACUCGCCUCGGCCAGAGAGCUGAUCCUCAGGCACCCAAACCUCACAUUUACCCUCCUGGAGAAAGAGAAGGAGCUUGCUGUCCAUCAGACUGGUCAUAACAGUGGUGUGAUCCACAGUGGGAUUUAUUACACUCCGGGAUCAAUGAAAGCUCAGCUCUGUGUUCGUGGAGCCAUGCUGACAUAUGAGUACUGCCAAAAGAAGGGUGUGCCUUAUAAGAAAUGUGGCAAGCUUAUAGUAGCGGUGGAAAGAGAGGAAGUUCCCAGUCUGAAGGCUCUGUACGAACGUGGGCAGAAAAACAACGUACCAGGUCUACAACUGAUUGACGCCAAAGCCAUCCGAGACAAAGAGCCCUACUGCAGGGGCAUCAUGGCACUGGACUCUCCAAACACAGGUAUCGUUGACUAUCGGUUAAUGGCUCUGGCCUAUGGUAAAGACUUCGAGGAAGCAGGAGGCGCAGUGAUAACCGACUUUGAGGCUUCUGACAUCACACUGGCUGCAGAAAGCCCAGCUGGAAGCGCUGAAGGGCUGAAACAUCCCAUCAUCAUCAAAAGUUCAAAGGGGCAGGAGGUGAGGAGUCGGUUUGUUUUGACAUGUGGAGGACUGUACUCUGACCGGUUGUCUGAGAUCUCUGGUUGUAGUCCAGAGCCACGUAUCGUUCCCUUCCGAGGAGAUUACAUGGUGCUCAAGCCAGAGAAAAACUAUCUAGUCCGUGGCAACAUCUACCCUGUGCCGAACCCACGGUUCCCAUUCCUGGGAGUGCAUUUUACUCCUCGAAUGGACGGUAGUGUCUGGCUGGGCCCAAAUGCAGUGCUGGCCUUUAAACGAGAGGGGUAUAAACUCUUUGACUUCAACGCACACGACUUCAUGAAUGCCAUCUCUUACAGUGGUCUGCAGAGGCUUGUAAUGAAGAACAUUGUAUAUGGAAUGGGAGAGAUGUACAGAGCUGUGUUCACCAGCGCGCAGGUUAAGAUUCUACAGAAGUUCAUACCUGAUCUGAAACCAAGUGAUGUCAUCAGGGGUCCGUCAGGGGUACGUGCUCAGGCUUUAGAUGCUGAAGGAAACCUCGUGGACGACUUUGUUUUUGACAGUGGCAAGGGAGAGCUGGGUAGUCAAGUGCUGCAUGUACGCAAUGCACCGUCACCUGCAGCAACCUCUUCACUGGCCAUCGCUGAGAUGAUCGCAGAUGAACUGCAGAAAAGAUUUGGGCUGUGACAUGGGCGAGCAUUGCCAUCACCAUGGUUGCACUCCAACUCUUAUUUUGAUUUAGUUUUUAACAAACUUAUAUAUAUAAAUGUGAAACGGGUGUAUACUGUGAGGAAAUUUGUGGUGCUCUUUUAUAAUGUAUCUUAAUUUUAUAAAAUGCUGGAGGACUUACAAAUAAAAUAAAGGAAUUUGUGUUGCAUUA